AGAAAAGUGUGGUACCGGUACAGUCUUUUUGGUGGAAGAAUCUAAAUAAGCACAUUUUGAACGCUUGGAGAGACACUCAAAAGCAAAAAUGCGACCAAUGCGUAUUUUUGUGAACGAUGACCGCCACGUGAUGGCCAAACAUUCGGCCGUUUACCCGACGCAGGAGGAGCUGGAGGCAGUUCAGAAUAUGGUGUCCCACACGGAGCGAGCGCUCAAAGCUGUGUCCGACUGGAUCGACGAGCAAGAAAAAGUCAGCGGGGAGCAGCCAGAAACAGAGUCCAUGGAGACGGCAGCCGAAGAGGAAAACAAGGAAGGAGGGGAUCAGAAGGCCACCGAGCAGUUGACAAGGACCCUGCGUGGAGUGAUGCGUGUAGGGCUUGUAGCAAAAGGCCUGUUACUGAAGGGGGACUUGGAUCUUGAGCUAGUUCUUUUGUGCAAAGAUAAACCCACCACAGAUCUCCUGGAGAAAGUAGCUGACAAUCUCGGAGUCCAGCUUGCUGCUAUUACCGAAGACAAAUAUGAAAUAAUCCAGUCGGUUGGUGAUGCUGCAAUUGUAAUUAAGAACACAAAAGAGCCGCCGUUGACGCUGACCAUCCACUUGACGUCGCCCGUAGUCAGAGAAGAAAUGGAAAAACAGUUAGCUGGAGAAACGCUAUCAGUCAACGACUCCCCGGACGUUCUGGACAGGCAGAAAUGCCUUGCUGCCUUGGCGUCACUGCGACACGCCAAGUGGUUCCAGGCCAGGGCUAACGGGCUGAAGUCGUGCGUCAUAGUGAUACGAGUGCUGCGAGACCUGUGUACUCGGGUUCCUACUUGGGCACCGCUGAGAGGAUGGCCUCUAGAGCUGCUGUGUGAGAAAUCUAUUGGAACUGCUAACAGACCCAUGGGCGCUGGCGAGGCUCUGAGGAGAGUUCUUGAAUGCCUUGCCUCGGGAAUCGUUAUGCCAGAUGGUUCUGGUAUUUAUGAUCCUUGUGAAAAAGAAGCCACUGAUGCUAUUGGGCAUCUAGACAGACAACAAAGGGAAGAUAUCACACAGAGUGCUCAGCAUGCUCUGAGACUUGCUGCUUUUGGCCAGCUUCACAAAGUCUUGGGGAUGGAUCCCCUACCUUCCAAAAUGCCCAAGAAACCAAAGAAUGAAAACCCCGUUGACUAUACUGUCCAGAUUCCUCCCAGUACAACGUACGCUGUCACCCCGAUGAAGCGUCCGAUGGAGGAGGACGGAGAGGAGAAGUCUCCCAGCAAAAAGAAAAAGAAGAUUCAGAAAAAAGGUAUUGAGUUAACGAGAGAGGAAAAACUCGAACCUCCCCAGGCCAUGAAUGCACUGAUGAAACUAAACCAGCUAAAACCUGGGCUCCAGUACAAACUCGUCUCUCAGACCGGUCCCGUUCACGCUCCUAUCUUUACAAUGUCUGUGGAAAUCGAUGGCAGCACGUUUGAGGCAUCGGGGCCUUCCAAAAAGACGGCCAAAUUGCACGUGGCGGUGAAGGUCUUGCAAGAUAUGGGUUUACCCACAGGAGUGGAAGGCAAAGAAUCUGGGAAAGGAGACGAAUCGGCAGAGGAAACGGAACAGAAGCCAGUCGUCGUUGCUCCUCCUCCUGUAGUAGAAACUGUCUCGACGCCCACGGCUGCUUCUCCUCCUUCAGAUCAAACCCCAGAGAAUGUGAAACAACAGGGACCAAUUCUGACGAAGCACGGCAAGAAUCCCGUGAUGGAGCUUAACGAGAAACGGCGUGGGCUGAAAUACGAACUGAUUUCAGAAACGGGUGGCAGCCACGACAAGCGCUUUGUCAUGGAGGUGGAGGUUGACGGGCAGAAAUUCCAAGGAGCCGGUUCAAAUAAAAAGGUGGCAAAAGCCUACGCUGCUCUGGCCGCGCUAGAGAAGUUGUUUCCAGAUGCUCCGGUUGCCAUUGAGCAAAACAAGAAGAAGAGAGCCCCCGUGCCAGCUAGGGGAGGACCCAAGUUUGCGGUGAAACAGCACAACCCGGGUUUCGGAAUGGGAGGCCCCAUGCACAACGAAGUGCCCCCUCCGCCCAACAUGCGCGGUCGUGGAAGAGGCGGCAACAUCCGAGGCCGCGGGAGAGGCAGGGGUGGAUUCGGCGGCAAUCACGGCGGCUACAUGAAUGCAGGUGCUGGAUACGGAAGCUAUGGUUACGGAGGAAAUUCGGCGACAGCAGGCUAUAGUGACUUUUUCACAGACUGCUACGGCUAUCAUGAUUUUGGGUCUUCCUAGAUCAUCCAAAAGUAUUGCACAAAAAACAGCUUUUUACUCCAAUUUUCUUGAACUCCAAAACCCAAAGUGUCCGUGCUGUGUCCCUGUGCUUCACUGGGUUUCUCAACAGUGGCUUUUCACCGCAGCUUGUCUGAAACUCUCUUAGCCUGCAGAACUUAAGACAGUGGCAGUUUUUAUUGUGAUUUGCCUUUGAACUUGGUUGUAUCGAUGUACACAACAGGGGGAACCAAUUAUCCGAGAACGGUUUUGUGCACCUCGCACAAAUUUCCAAGCCAGCUCCGUUCAGCGCAAAGGCAAAAAGCCCAUCUUUGCUUUUUAUGGAAAGCAUUACUUUAUUUUUAAGAAACUGAAGUGUUUUAAUCUACCUUUGUCUUAAUUUACAGCAGGUUUUGUACAAAAUUUGAGCCUUUUAAUAAACCCCAGCAGUUGGGUACACGCCUCUCGAUAUCGGGAAGACUUUUCAACAUCUCUGAAUAUAGGACAGCCCGGCUUUUUAAGCAUGCGAAAUGUUGACUUGUACGUGGAAUCGUGUGUGCUAAAAUUUAAUCCUACAUCCUCUGUAACACGCUGGUGGAUUAACGCUGAGGGAUGUGACUUGUUGUGGCUGGUAGCUAGUGUACUUUCAAAGGUAUUGUAAUUGUGCUUCCGAUCCUGAUACAAUAAAUACCCAGGCAUCAG